AUGAACCCGGGCGCUGCCGCACCCCUUCCUCGGGCCUCCGCUUACCCCGGGGUCUAUGGAAGUAAUGGAAGGACCCCUCAACCUGCAUACCUUUCCGAAGCCAUGAAGCUGACACAGUCUGAGCAGGCUCAUUUGUCACUGGAACUGCAAAGGGAUAGCCACAUGAAACAGCUCCUGCUCAUCCAGGAGAGAUGGAAGAGGGCCAGGCGUGAGGAAAGGUCCAAAGCCCAGCAGAACAUAGACAAGGAUGGGGCUUCCCAACUUCAGGCAUCUCACAAGCCCUCUGCUGAGGAUGCGGAUGGCCAGAGUCCCCUUCUCUAUCAGAGGUGCAGCCCUUCUUCAGAGAAACUCCUGCCUGAAAUUCAGGGCGUCUUUGAUAGGGAUCCAGACACACUCUUGUUUUUACUUCAGCACAAGAGUGAGCUCCCAGAGCCUCGCAUUGGGAGCAAGGCCCCGAAAGAUGAUAAAACAAUUAUAGAGGAGCAGGCCACGAAAAUUGCUGAUUUGAAGAAGCACGUUGAGUUCCUUGUGGCUGAGAAUGAAAGAUUGAGGAAAGAAAAUAAACAACUAAAAGCUGAAAAAGCCAGACUUCUAAAAGGUCCAAUAGAAAAGGAGUUGGAUGUUGAUGCUGAUUUUGUGGAGAAAUCAGAGCUGUGGAGCUUGCCGCCGCCUUCAGACACGGCUGCAGCCUCUUCAACCUGGCAGAAGUUUGCAACCAACACCGGGAAAGCCAAGGACAUUCCAAUUCCCAAUCUCCCUCCCUUGGAUUUUCCAUCUCCAGAACUUCCCCUUCUAGAGCUUUCUGAGGAUAUUCUGAAAGGACUUAUGAAUAACUAA